AUGAAAUACCUAAUAAAAGCAGUGACUACUAAUAACAGAGACUUGAAGACAGCUCUGCUCUUUACAAUUGAAGAGAGAUCCUAUUUAUUUAAUUGUCCAGAUGGAUUUUAAAGAGUAGCUCUAUCUAAUAAGGUGAAAUUUAAGGGCGUCAGAUAUGUAUUCUUGUCUGGUAUUUAAGCAGAUUACUAUGGUGGAUUUCCUGGUUUCUAUUUAUCAUCAAGAGAGUCUUCCAGUGGCACUAUAGCUGACUUAUAAGCUUUCAAAAUUGGUGUAAUAGGCCCUGCUAAAAUAAAAGAAUUCAUAACUUAAGGAAGAUGUUUCUAUGGUGGCUUGAAUUUUAUUGAAAUUUUUUAGUAUGGAAAACUGGAUAGAUUUUACACAGAGUAAUUUCAGAAUGGCCAAUUCACCCCAAAAAUAAGUAAGCAUGAUCCAAAUAAUUUGCAGACGGAAAAAUCAAAGAAAGCAAAAGCUUAGCAAUAACAGUUAUAAAGCAAUUAGGAAGAAGAGAAAAAAUCUUAUGAGAUUUAAUAAGAAUUAGAGGAGAGUUAAGAGGAAUGCCAUGAAUUUUAGGACAAUUACCUCAAAGUUAUUCCUAUCAAGGUUUAUUCUUCAGAUCAUACAGAAUUAGAGAGCUAUUCAUUUAUUUGCGUGCCAAAGUAAAAUAGAGGGAAAUUUCUACCGAAAAAAGCAAUAGAAUUAGGAGCAGAUCCAAAGUUCCAUUUCAAGAUUCUUAAUGAAGGAAAUACUGUUACACUGGCAGAUGGAAGUAUUAUAUAUCCUUAUUAGUGCACUGAUAAUCCUCUUCCUUCUUAAAGCUUUAUUUUUGUCUUCAUUCCUAAUAAAAACUACCUAGAAUCAUUCCUAUCUCCAGAGAAUAAAUAGUUAUUUGAACAAUUUUACUUUGAAAAUAUUGAUUAAAAAUGCAACUAGAUACAUUUAAUCUACCAUUCAGUUGCAUUUGAAGUUCUGAUGAAUAAAGAUUACAGAGAUUUCAUGAGAUAAUUUGGGCUAAAUGUUAAGCAUGUAGUAGAUUGCGAAGAAGUUAAUGAUGAAGUUCAGAUGAAAGUAAAGGGAUACCAACUCAGUAGUAGGCAUGCUUUAGUUUGUCCUACAUUAAUCCCAUUGAGUAAAAUGGCUAUCUAGCGACAUUAAGAAGAAGCUAAAACUUAGCUUGCAGAAUUUCACUAAGUUUAUAACUUAUUGAUAUCUCAAGUUGGUUAGGUUUUCAAUUUAUACCCUAUAAAUUCUUCUAAUGUCGUUGAUAACUCACAAGUCAUAUAAUUAAAAGACCUUUAUACUGAAGAGGAUGAAUCUUUAAAUACUGAAAUGCAGUAAUUGAUAAAGUCAUUAUUAAAAUUGAAGAAAAAUGAAGAUCCUAAUAUGGAUUUAGAACAGUAUACUCAAUUAGACAACAGCAUUGAUGAUACUGAGCCAUCAAUAUUAUUUUUGGGAACAUCAUCAAUGAAGCCAACAACUUACAGAGGAGCAAGUGCAAUAUAUGUAUUUAUUAAGGGUAGCGGUAUACUGAUGGAUAGUGCAGAAGGUUCGUAUGGCCAAUUAUAUGAUCAUUUUUAAAAGAAAGAAAUUGUGGAUGAACAUAUUCUCAAGUUAAGAGUAAUAUUUAUCACUCAUAUUCAUGGAGAUCACUAGCUUGGAGUCCUUAAAAUUAUGGCUGAAAGAGACAAGCUCUUUAAUAUGGCUGAACCUGGUAACGAACUUUACGUAGUCACUCCUUAACCUAUGUGGGAUUACAUGACUGAUUACAUAAAUUCAGCUCUCAGAUAUCCUACAAUGGUAAAACUUGUUAAAAUUUCAGACCUCAAUCCAGAACCAUAACUAUAUUAUGAUAAUGAAAGUCCCUAAUAUAAUCCCAAGCAACCUCAUAUCAAAGAAGGAAGUCAAUUAUUUAAAAGGAAAUAUUCGAAGACUUCAGUAAUUCUAUGCCCAGUAAGAAGUUAUGAGGAAGUCAAUUAAAUGAUUGAAAAUCAUUAGCCAAAUCAUUAAGUAUCAUAAGAAAUGUUAAGAAUGCUAAAUGAGAAGAUGAAUAUCACUCAUAUGAAUGCUAUCGAAGUAAACCAUUGUGUCGAGUCAUUUGCUUGUUUAUUUGGGUCUCCAGACUUCGGUAGAAUUUUCUACUCAGGCGAUACAUUGCCUUGUUAAACAGUUAUCAACUAUGGUUAGAAUGUUAAACUACUUAUUCAUGAAGCCACAUUCGAUGAUGCAUUAGAAGCAGAUGCUAAGUCAAAAAAGCAUACUACUGUUGGCUAAGCUAUAGAAAUUGCAAGAAAGUGCAAACCAUGGAGGACAGUGCUCACUCAUUUCUCGCCAAGAUACCAGAAAAUUGGUGAGAUUGAUAAAAGGCAUCAGGAGCACAGGAUAAUGGUAGCCUUUGAUCAUUUGAGAUUUAAGUUAAGCUAUCUUGAAUGGGCUUAUAAAUUCCUACCUAUUUAUAGCAACUUCUUUACAAAUGAGAGCACAGACUCAGAAGCAUAAUAUGAUAAGAGUAGAGAUUUCAUGCUACAGAAAUAAAAGGAGAUAAAUGAUAUCAAUAUUCAGCAGAUUUAAAAAACACAAAACUCAACUACUGCUAAUGCAGAAAAUAAAAAAUAAUGA